GCGUCCCCGGCUGGCGCGCGGCGGGCGGAAGUGAGGUCGUGGGCUGCGGUGUCUGCGCAGCGUCGGCGGUAGCGGGGGCCGCGGUGAGGCGGGCGGGAGGCAGCGCGGGCCUAGCGGUCGGCCGCCACCGAGCGUCGUCUGGGCACUGCCCGUCGCCGAGCCACACGCCGUGCCGGCUCGGGCCGGCGCGCGCCGGUCCCGGAGGCGCAGGCCACCUUCUUGAAAUCAUGAAUCCUGUUUAUAGCCCUGGGUCUUCUGGGGUUCCCUAUGCAAAUGCCAAAGGAAUUGGAUAUCCAGCUGGUUUUCCUGUGGGUUAUGCAGCAGCACCUGCCUAUUCUCCUAACAUGUACCCUGGAGCGAAUCCUACCUUCCAAACAGUGCUGGAGAUUGAACCCAGGGUCUUGCACAUGUUAGGCUACACUCCUGGCACACCUUACAAAGUGUCCUGUUCUCCAACCAGCGGAGCUGUGCCACCAUACUCCUCUUCCCCCAAUCCUUACCAGACGGCUGUGUACCCAGUGAGAAGUGCCUACCCCCAGCAGAGCCCCUACGCCCAGUUGUCUCUGUUUUCCCCACAGCAAGGCACGUACUAUACACAACCUCUGUAUGCAGCACCUCCUCACGUCAUUCACCACACCACGGUGGUGCAGCCCAAUGGCAUGCCAGCAACGGUCUACCCAGCUCCCAUCCCUCCUCCUAGAGGCAGCGGGGUCACCAUGGGCAUGGUCGCUGGGACCACGAUGGCCAUGUCAGCAGGUACCCUGCUGACUGCUCAUUCUCCAACUCCUGUAGCCCCUCACCCAGUCACUGUCCCCACAUAUCGAGCCCCAGGAACACCCACCUACAGCUAUGUGCCCCCGCAGUGGUGAUUGCCCUGCAAAUUAAUAUUUGAGGAUGGAGCUGUGCAGUCACUUCAUUGAGUUCCACAGCUGGUGCUGCAGGCCUUGUGCCUCCAACCAGGACUUUCUUCUUACUGCUCCGACACUUAGCUAAACAUGACUGCGCCCCAGCCCAGCAGGUCCCAGCUCGAUAGUCUCCAACUAACUCUGGGUUGGUUUUAAAGCAAAUCCUGUUUUGUGGACUGCCUGGCAAAUUUUUUAGCUAACUGUAAUGAUAAAAAAGGGAGUAUUACUCUAUUCUGAAUCAUAUCUAGUUGAAUGCAUGUUUAUAAAAACAAACAAAAACAAAGCUUGCUCAAUCUACCUGCAGUGACUGAUGCAAAACCAUCAUAUGCAAAACCCAAAGGACUGGACCGUGUUCACAGCCUGUCACGCACGUCUGUGAUGUACGCUGAGUCUCAGUUACACUUGUGCAAGGGAUCUCCUCUCUGAAGUGUGGGGAGUACUGGAGAGGACUCUUAGCAUGCUGGGGUUGCCAGUUAUGGACACAGACUUGUAGCUUUCAGCAGCCUGGCUUUUUGGCACUGACUGACUGCUCCUGGAGGGAGCUGCAGGGACUGGGAGAGAGAGAGAGAAAGAAAGAGAGUGAGUGCCUGCAGCAGCUCCAGACAGCAGCAGCAGAGAUAGUGGGGGUCCCUCUCCUUCAUUUCAGCCGGAGUGUGCUCUGGAGAGCAGGGAUCUACCUGAAGCUUAUCAGGAAAUAAAGGAGCUUGGUGACCAGUCCAGCUGGGGUGAAGAAUGGUCUGUGUGUCAGAGCAGGGUCUGCCACCUGAGUUUCCACUGUAUGUCUUACAGGAUAAUGUUCUGUGUGUCUGUUGGGACUGUUGGAAAAGUCCUUUGUAGAAGUAAACUGUCUUCCUUGGAGGGAAGCUGUCAGAGAAGCAGCCACACUGCGGCAGUGCUGUCUUUUGCUUUAUUUCACUUAGGGAACCAUUCCUUUUUUCCCCUGAGAAUAAUUGAGUCAGCUAAAGACACAGGCACUGCUGUAUUCUCCCACCAAGACUUCAGCUGUGUGCUGUGGAGAGUGUUGUACAUUUAAGACUGCUUAUAAGGGAAUAAGUGUAUUUUUAAGUUAGGUCCUCAUAUUUCUUGUAGAGAAGCAGGGCUGUGAUUAUGUCUAAAAAUGUAGAAAGGAUGUAGCUUGUCUUGGGGUCACUCACCUGAGGAUGACCUGCCCUCUGUGACUAGCGGGGUGAGGCCUGGGAAACCUGCAUAAGUGCUUUGUGAGCCUCUUUUGCCACUGUCUCUCCUGUCGAUGAAGGCUCGCAGUACCGAGCAGAUGUGGAAAGCGGAAAGGGCCAGGCAGUUCAGGAAUGCGCUUUCCUGGAAGGCUCUGUGGUGGGAAAGAUUUUGAGUGUGUACAUAAGAAAUCACAAGGGUUCUUUUUGCCUGAGUAUGCCCAACUUGAAUCUGUGAUAGUGUUUCUGUUCAGUGUGGGUCAAAGGGGCAGGGCAUGAGGACCUCUCUGGGGUCUGUCAAUUGGGUUUUUUUUUUCAACCCCAUUGAAUUGCUGGGGCUUUGGUUGGAAGGGGUGCUUGUCUCUGGCAGCUAAGUCGGGGCUUCCAUGUUGGUGUGGAGUUCACCUCAGUAGCAAUCAACUUGGCUAGAGGGUGGGUCACCUGAAUAUGGAACCUUUGGUAACCUUAUUUUUAUAGUAAUGCUCUCCAUAAUUUUCUUUUUAGCAUUUUAUUUUUUGAGAAGUUUAGGAAGAUCUCUGCAUGGAUCAGUGUGAACAGAAGAUUCCUCAUUCCUUAUGUCCAUGAACAUAGAAUGUUUAUGGAUGAGUAUGUUUAAUUGCCUCAUGAGCACUUAAGAGUGUGUGUGUGUGUAUGUGUGUUUGUGAGCAUGUGCGUGUGUGUUUGGGUGUGCGUGUGCAUGGGGGGAGGGCUAGCACAAGAAAGCACACUGCACAGAGAUAGAAACGUUUGCUGUAGCGUGUAGCCUGCAUCCCUGCUUCCUUGUUGGGAUCCCAUCCCUGUGGUGGAUGAUGUGCAGUGUUGGUAGUUCCAAGGUUUCCCAGACUCAGCUGACAGAAGGUGGUUUCCCAGGUGAAUAACCACAGAUCAUUAGAACAAAUGUACCUGUGAUUUUCGUGUGUUUGUAAAAGUCCUCUUACCCACCCCCAACUAAACAUAGCUAUCUCCCUGCCUGGGAAGGGUAGAUUUGUUUGCCAGCAGCAGGAAGUUUCCAAGUCUUUGGGCCUGCUUGCAGCUGCACACAGUGUGUGUAUCCACAGGCCCUGAGUUCUCGGGGGGGGGGGGGGGGGGGGGGGGGGGGGGGGUGCUGCCCUCUUGCUGAUCACAUCAGCUUCACACACUUGCCUCGGAACUGUUGAAAUGGAGUGACUAUCAGACACCUAUGUAUUAUACAACUCGUUUGUGUGGAAAUCUUGUCUGUGUUGAAGCUAUCAGGUCAUCACUAUGGAAUCUGCUGGUGAGAGAUCUUACCAGGUAAAAACCUGGGUAUAUGGAUGGUAGUGAACUGUCACAGGUGGUGACUUUAACAACAUGCAGUUUCAGUAAAAUUAAGGAACAGAACUGGGUCGGUAUUCUAUUACAUGGCUGCACAGGUAUCCCAAAACAUUGAGGAACAUUCCAAGAAAGUGUGCUUUCUACGAGUGUGACAUUCCUGACUAGAGUCCAUCAGCUGAAUUGACAGGCAAGCAGGGAGUCUGGUACCAAUGAGCACUAACAUCGUUGGUAAGGAGACGUCAUAUAUAUAUAUAUAUAUAUGAGCUUAUUUUCUGCUGCCUUCUCUGGGGCUAGGGAGCUUUCUUCCUCUACUGCUGCGAUUUGUAGUUUAGAGUUGUGGAGUAUUAGAACCUGUGAGCUCCUUGACUCUUGAGAAGUAAACCCACCAUCAGGAUUGGGUCAGUUAGGCUACAGGCAUGGAAGCGGCCUCUGGACUGUUGUCUCUGGUGCUGUGCUCUUAUUGGAAGAGCUGUUGAGUGGCUUUUGGCUCCCAGUUGCCAUUCUGAGUAGCGGCUUGGGAGUGUUUUGCAGAGGCAGUGCUCGCAUUGGUUGUUGGGUGUCCUACCUUUGUUCUGAUGGGACAGGAGGCUAGAGGAGCAGACUGGCUGUUUUACAGUACAGUGAGAGGAAAGUCAUUCUCGGGGAGGCUUGAGCUCCCUGGCUUCUGACUUGGGCCUUUGAGUGUGCCUGUAGUUGGGAGAAGUUGACAAGUGCCAGCCUUAAACAUUGGGGCUGCCUCAGAUUUCCUCAGUUCUCCUUCUGAAUAUUGGAGUUUAGCAUUACCUUCUCUCAGCAGCUGACAUCUGUACUUGUGGUGUACCUGGCUCUGUCAGGUAGCGCAGGACCUCCCAGGGUGCAGUGGCAAGCUUGCUAGCUGCUGGGCCUGUCCUCUGGUGCUUUCCAAGGGUUGUGGAGGGCAGGCGUGCAGCGGAGCUAUCUCUCAUGUCCAGCACAGCUCCCAGGUCUUUGCAUUUCCUGAGUUGCUUACUCCUGCCCAGUCUUCUGUGUUUGAUGGAGUGGUUUCAGUAGGAACAGAAACAUUAACUUCCCAUGUCUUAAAGGAUUCUUCACUUCCCUACCCCUCCCUGUUCACGUGAAGAACAGAAAGCCUGUGGAAUAAAUCUGACUAGAAUUAUGGUCUGGGAGGCAGCAGCUUUUCUGUCCAAGGACUGCAGUAGCUAUACAUGAUAUGUGAGGGCCAGUGGGUGGUAUACAGGUAAUUCCCAGGGAAGGGCAGUGGGUGGGUCUGGUGCAGGCUGUGGGGCAAUAUAAUAGACCAGUUGGGUCAGACUGGGAACUGGCUCCCAGCAAGGUGAUUGUGGCAGCUGGAGGCCCCAAGAAGCCUGAUAGGCUGUGAUUGAACAGAAAAGGUUCUUCUUUUUUUAAACUUUUGUUUUUAAAUACUCUUUUUUACACUGUUGUUGGUACUUUUUUUAUGCUUAAGUCGGCAUUGUCUUCCAGUGUUAAAGGCAUCCUUUGCCUCUUCAUGGAACUUAUGUGUCAAAACAAAGGAACGGGCAGACUGUCCAUCCCAAGCCAGUUCAAUUAGAUGUAAAUUCACACUGUUUUAAUUUUUUAUGCAAUCUGAUGAGUAGAUGAGCUCAGAUUUAAAAUCCUUAAAAGCACGUUUAUUGUAACCAGAAUUGUUAUGUAAUUAAUACUGCAGUUUUCAAUAAAGAUUGACUUGUGUUGCA